CAGCUGAACCUGCGGUAGACGCGCGCGGAAUGCAGUAUCCGGUAGAGAGUAACGGUACUUUUAAGGAAACUGCUCACCGACACACAACCAGUCAGCCAGCCAGUCGAGUUGAUGCACCGAGUGGUCGCAUUUCGGAUUGACCUACGUUUCACUUCUUCUGGUUUAUCUCGAUCUAAAGGAUUUUAGUCAAAAAGAGGAGCGACAGCACGCUGAAGAGGUAACAUCUAUACAGAGCCUGUUUGUCAACUUGUCAUUGUAGUACAAACAUGACUGAGGUGGCGCAGGUUGCGGCUUUAGUUGCUCACGACAUGGACGAUGUCGCAAAUGAAAGUGAACACAACAUGAGCGAUGCAGAAAACAAGGAAGAUCAUACGACACACGAGGAAGAUGACGCGGUGGUCGAUGAACAAGACAACGACGCAGCCGAAGAGAAAGGUGAGGAGACUUCACAUAUAGCAAACAAAGAGCCUUACCACAUGAAUAAUGAAGAAAGUAUUGAGACUGACAACAAGACACACAUGAAUGGUGUGGAUCGCAAAGAGAAGGACACAGCCGAUGAGAAAAAUGAAAGCACAGAAGCUGUUAAUGGUGAAGAACAGGACACAGAGACGAAAAAAGAUGCAAAAUCUGACACAAAUGAAGACCAGAGUAUUUCGGAUCUGGCACUAAAGAAAAAGAAACUCCUCCGAUCCAGAAAGACGGUGGCUAGAAGCUACGUGCCAAACCCGAACAAAGAUAAGGGGGACGUGACGGGCAAGUUUGAAGCCAUGCAGAAGGCCAGGGAGGAGCGCAGCAGGCAGAGGAACAUGAACGAGCAGCAGAAAAGGAAGGAGCAAUACAUCAAGGAGAGAGAGUGGAGUCGCAGGAAGCAGCAGAUAAAAGAAUUGCUCGCUUCCAGUGAUGAGGAAGAAGAGGUGAAGCCAGCAAAGGUAGAAAAAUCCUACGUCCCCAAAAUCACAGGUAGUGUUAAGGGGAAGUUUGCAGUAAUGGAAAAACAAAGAGCAGAGGAAGAAAGGAAGAGAAUGGAAGAAGAAAGGAAGAAGAGAGAAGCCCAGGACAACAUGGAAAAAGCCAAAAUAAAGAAAGAAUUGGCUAAGAAAGCGGCUGAGGAUGGCGAUGACACAAUCCUGGUACGAGUGGUCCCAGCGAAGUCCUCCCGACCUCCGGGCAGAAUCAAGCUGAACUUUGAAGACAUGGAGAAGAAUCGCGAGGAGGAAGUAAAGAAGAAGGCAGAGGAAGAGAAGAAGAGACGGUACGAUGAAAACAGACGCUCCUUCAGGGAUGCCAAGCGACGCUCGGUUGUUCAACAGGAGGAUGAGGAGGAGAAGCCUUCAGAGAAGGUGCAGGUGACUCCUGGAAAGCUGAAGAUGACAUUCGAGGAGCUGGAGAAGGAGAGGCAAGAGCACCGGAGGAAGCAGGCUGAGGAGGAAGCCAAGCGCCGCCUAAUAGUCGAGAAGAAAGCUUUUGAGGAGGCCAGGCUGGGAAUGGGAGAAGAUGUGGAGGACACUCAGCCAGCUCAGGAAGACAAGGAGGAGUUCCGACCUGGGAAACUGAGGCUGAGCUUUGAAGAGGUGGAACGGCAGAGGGUAGAAGAAGAGCGCAAGAAAGCUGAGGAAGAGUACAAGAGACGAAUGGUGGAGGAGAGAAGAGCUUUCGCUGAAGCCAGGAAGAGCAUGCUUGUAGAUGAGGAUGACGAGGGGCUGAUGGCCUUACUGAACCUGGAGGGCAGCAAGCCCGGGAAGAUAUGCGCCAGUUUUGAGGAUCUGGAACGCCAAAGAAGAGAGGACGAGCAGAAGAGGGCAGAGGAGGAGGCCAAGAAGAGACUGGAAGAGGAGAAGAGGCUCUUUGCAGAGGCCCGUAAAAACAUGAGCUCUGGCCUGGAUCAGGAAAAGUCUGCAUAUGGAGAUGAGACAGUACAAGAUGAGGAAGAAGGGAUGGUGAAGAGUGAAUCUCAGGAAGCACUGCACCCUAGAAAACUGGAGAUGAACUUUGAAGAGCUACUGAAAGAGAAGGAGGAAGCUGAGAGGAGACGCAAGGCAGAGGAGCGCAAAAAGAAAAUGGAGCAGGAGAAGCAGGAAUUUGAACAACUCAGACAAGAGAUGGGCGAGGAUGUAGUGAAUGAAAGCUCGGAUGUUGUAAGCAAAGAGUAUGAAGAACUGACCAAGCUCAAGAGGACUGGCUCCAUCCAGGCUAAGGACCUCAAGUCUAAAUUUGAGAAGAUCAAACAGCUGACUGAAGAAGACAUUCAGAAAAAGAUUGAGAUGGAGAGAGCACGGAGGAAGGCCAUUGAUGAUGAAAUUAAAGAGAGAGAAGCUGAGAGGUUCCAGGAGGAGGAUGAGGAAACACAAACAACUCCAGCGAUGGCCGAAGAGUCACCAUUCAAACAGAAGGUGGAUAUGAAAGCCAGAUUUCAACAAAUGGCCAAAGCCAGAGAGGAUGAGGAGAAGAGGAGGAUAGAGGAGCAGAAGCUGCAGAGGAUGCAGUUUGAGCAGCAGGAGAUUGAUGCUGCACUCCAAAAAAAAAAGGAGGAUGAUGUGGAGGAUGAGGGUAGCAUCAUCAAUGGCUCUGCGGCCUAUGAAGAUGAGGAGGAUCAUGCCAGAUCGGGGGCUCCGUGGUUUAAAAAGCCCCUUAAAAAUCAAUCAGUGGUGGACUCGGAGCCAGUUCGGUUCACCGUUAAGAUCACCGGAGAGCCCAAGCCAGAGGUGACCUGGUGGUUUGAGGGAGAGAUGCUCCAGGACUGUGAGGACUAUCAGUAUAUAGAGAGAGGAGAGACGUACUGCCUCUACCUGCCGGAGACCUUCCCAGAAGACGAGGGAGAGUACAUGUGCAAGGCUGUGAACAGCAGAGGCACUGCAGCAAGUACCUGCAUCCUCACAAUAGAAAGUAAGACCACCUUGGUGUGAUUGCAUGCCUGCACGAUACCUCCUAUCUGGAUUUCAACCUCUCUCUCUCUCUCUCUCUCUCUCUCUCUCUCCCUACGAAGUGGAUCGCAUGCUCCUCUUCCUCGUGAACUCAGGCAGAUGUGGAUAACUGCUCUUCUGUUUCUUUCUUACAGCUUAUGACUACUGAUGCCCUUCCGUGUUCUGGAAACUUUCCCAGUUGUCUCUCACUCCUUUUUAAAACUUUGUCCCUCGUGGUAUGGUCAAACAACAGAGGGAAGAAAAUAGCAGUAUGCUUGGCAUUCCUAAGGGAGGGAUACACAACACACAAAAUGCAACAUGUUUACGUUUGUAAAGCUGCACUCCCUGUAGAGUAGGAUGAUACUUGUGCCAAAAACAGACACGAUUCUUAUUCCCAUGCCAAGGAUUGUCCUUGCUGCAAGGCCCUUAUGAUAUUUGUGAGACCAGCAAAGUAUCAUAGUACUGUAUUGUAAAUAUCACUCGUUAUAGUCCAAACAUGACAAACAUUAUGUUUGAGACAAUGAAUUGUAAAAAGUAAGAUGUGUACUAACUUUAAAGAACAAGGUAAGGGAAUAUCAGUCGAACAUCUUGCUUCGGUAUUCUACUACUGCUCAAUAACUUUACAAUAUUAAUCAAUUUUCUGUACUAUUUGCCAUAUUACAGUAGUAAAUGGUAAUGUGAUACUUGUUUGGUAACAUUGCUCAAUCAUCACUUAAUUAAAAUUCCACAGUGAAGGGUCUGUUAACAUUAAUAUUGCAAGAAUAAAUAAGUUGAACUCACCUGUACAUCCUUAUUUUUAAUUAAACUCUUUCGGUCCAGAUGAAAUGUAAUGUAAUGUUAAACUGCAGCAUCUAAAAAAGAUUAAUAUGUUGAUUUUUCAUGCAACAACCCCCUUUUUUUGUUUUGAGUUAAAUGUCAUACUCUUAAUACAGUUGUCAUUAUUCAGUUGUGCUGGACAGUAGGUGACUGUUUUAUGGUUUGAUAAUAAAGUAAACAUAGGCCAGCCUGAAUAUUUGUCAUAUUAUAAAUGAAAAUGUUUUAAUAAAAUGAACAAAAAUA